CUUGUGUGAGUGCUGAGGUGGUGUGAUAGAGGCUUCCAGAGGCACAGUGUCAACUAUUGGCUGACCUACGACAGAUUUUCUAAUGAUGGAUAAAUUAAUGCAAGAUGAGUUUUGAGCUUCAAAAACCAGUGACUUUUGUGACAUAUUGGGUGACUGAAAAUCCUUCUUCCUGGGAAAGAACAAUCAAACUCUUCUGGAGAAGAGCGCAGUGAAACAAAGACAACAUUUCCACAGCAGAAAAGGACAGCAAACAGGAUAGAGAUCUGAUCAAUGAAUCAACACUCCGCUGCCAAAACUCGUGUCGUUGAGAGAUGAUGAAUCGCUACACCACCCUGAAGCAGCUGGGCGAUGGCACCUACGGCAGCGUGCUGAUGGGGAGAAGCAACGAGUCUGGAGAGCUGGUGGCUAUUAAAAGAAUGAAGAGGAAGUUUUAUUCAUGGGAAGAAUGUAUGAACCUAAGAGAAGUGAAGUCUUUGAAAAAGCUGAACCACGCCAAUGUGGUGAAGCUGAAGGAGGUAAUCAGAGAGAACGAUCACCUCUACUUUGUCUUUGAGUACAUGAAGGAGAACCUCUACCAGCUUAUGAAGGACAGAGAGAAUAAGAUGUUCUCAGAGAAUGAAAUUAGGAACAUCAUGUUUCAGGUGAUAUCUGGGUUGGCUUUUGUGCAUAAGCAUGGUUUCUUCCACCGAGACAUGAAGCCAGAGAAUCUGUUGUGCAUGGGUCCAGAACUGGUCAAAAUAGCAGAUUUUGGAUUGGCCAGAGAGAUCCGCUCUAAACCUCCCUACACUGACUACGUAUCAACCAGAUGGUACCGAGCUCCAGAGGUCCUGCUCAGGUCAUCUACCUACAGCUCUCCCAUUGAUCUGUGGGCCGUCGGCUGCAUCAUGGCUGAACUCUACACUCUCAGACCUCUUUUUCCGGGGAACAGUGAAGUGGACGAGAUCUUUAAGAUCUGCCAAGUGCUAGGCACUGUCAAGAAGUCUGAUUGGCCAGAGGGCUACCAACUGGCUUCGGCUAUGAACUUCCGUUUCCCCCAAUGUGUGCCGACCCACCUUAAGACCCUGAUCCCCAAUGCCAGCAACGAGGCUAUCGCCUUGAUGAAGGACUUUCUGCAGUGGGACCCCAAAAAAAGACCCACGGCUGUACAGUCCCUGCGUUACCCAUACUUCCAGAUUGGCCAGAUUUUAGGGCCUCGUCCUCAGAGUCAGGAAGUCAAGAAGGUCCAGGCCAGACAGAUGGCUCAGAAACAGAUCUCAGAGUCCAAAACUGAUCCCCACCAGUCUUCCUCUGAGUCCAAAGCCUCCACAUCAUCCUCCAGGAACCCUCAUCACCACCACCACCACCACCAUCAUCAUCAGCCACAUCACCAUCAGCCUCUUCAGCAGAUUCCCCUACCCCAAGCUGAGAGUAAAUCAGAAGGCUCCAGCCAUGCAAAGGCAACAUUGCUGGGCAGUGAGAACAACGUUGCUGGUGGUGGGAUGGGUGUGCUGAAGAGCGGCAGACGUCGCUGGGGCCAAACAGUGGCCAAGACCUCAGACAGCUGGGAGGAUUCUGACCCGUCAGAAACAGCUGCCUCGAACUCCAAGAAACCCAGCUUGGGGACUGAAGAAGAAGAGAGGAGCCCAAAGGAGCCCCGCCCACAGCCCAAGGAGCAGAAACCUUUGUAUUCCUUCAGCACAGUCACCAAGUUACCCAACAAUGUUAAGAUUGGCCAAAUGGACUCUAAUCUCCCAGGAUCUGCUGCACGGCAGCAUUAUCUCAGCCAGUCACGAUACCUGCCUGGCUUGAUCGGCAAGAAUCAGACUUCCUCUGGUGAUAAGGAGUUGAGUGGUAUGACGCUGCGGGACUUGUGGGAGAACUCCUCAAACACUGUAAAUAAACCACUUGCUCCUAUUGGAGCAGGAUUAUCUGUCACCAGAGCUAACCCAGAAGAGAAUUCCCCUAAAUCUGAGGAUAGUCCACCAGAGAAAACUGUUGUUAAAGAAAGAAUACUGGAGAAAAUUGAUCUCUCCAAAGGGAACAUUGUGAGUGCAAAGUACAACCUCUCUGGCAGCUACAUCCCUUCAUUCCAAAAGAAAGAGGUGGGCUCAGUGGGACAGAGAAUCCAGCUUGCUCCUUUGGCUGGCCAGCACACAAUCAAUCCUUCUUCUUCUCCUGAUAAUAAAAAAGACAAACCAAAAUCUGCAAAGCCAAAGUCCUUAUCCAACUCAUCUCUGAGUGAAACUAAUGAAGAUUAUGAAGGCUGGAAGAGAAGGACAGAUAGAACUCAGAUGAAAGGGGGCAGCUUCUCAGCUCUGGGGAAAAACUCUGGAAAUGUCAUGACCAGAGCUCCCGCCGUUCAGCCUGUCCAUGGCAGAGUGGAUUGGACAUCCAAGUAUGGUGGGAAUCGGUAG